AUGGCCUUACCAGUCUCUGCAAUUGGAUUUGAAGGCGAUGAAAUGAGGCUUGAGAUAUCAUUUUUUGAGCCUGGCCUCUUCACUGAUCCUGAUGGCAGGGGUCUCCGCUCUUUAUCCAAAGACCAAUUGGAUGAAAUUCUUAAACCAGCUGAAUGCACCAUUGUCUCAUCAUUAUCGAACAAUCAAGUUGAUUCGUAUGUCCUUUCAGAAUCUAGCCUCUUUGUGUACCCUUACAAAAUUAUCAUAAAAACCUGUGGGACUACAAAAUUGCUUCUCUCUAUCCCAGCAAUCCUUAAGUUAGCGAAUAUACUUAAGUUGGAUGUGAGGUACACACGAGGGAGUUUCACAUUUCCAGGGGCUCAGCCCUUUCCGCAUCGUAACUUCUCUGAAGAAGUAGUUGUCCUUGAUAGCUAUUUUGGCAAGCUUGGUAUGGGCAGCAUCAUGGCCGUCGUGCUGGGUGGUGUUGACAAAUCACAGAAGUGGCAUGUUUACUCUGCUUCAGCUGAAUCAGCUAGCAAUUCAAACUGUGUUUACACUCUGGAGAUGUGCAUGACUGGUUUGGAUCGGGAGAGGGCAUCUGUCUUUUACAGGACUCAUUCAAGCUCUGCAUCUGUGAUGACUGAAUCCUCUGGCAUCAGGAGGAUUCUUCCGGAGUCCAACAUAUGUGAUUUCGAGUUUGAUCCUUGUGGUUACUCCAUGAAUGCAAUCGAAUGGGAUGCUAUUUCUACUAUUCAUGUAACUCCGGAAGAUGGUUUCAGUUAUGCGAGUUUUGAGACGGUGGCUUUGCAUGCUGAUGGUGCUGGAAAGGACCUUAGUUCUAGUUUCUUUCUGGAAGUGGAGGGAUAUGCCUGUGGCAAAAAGAGCUGUGAAGUGCUCAGGAAGGGAGAAUCAAUCAUUUACCACAGCUUCACAAGCGUUGCGGGUAUCUGUGGGUCUCCCAGGUCAACUCUGCAAUGUUGUUGGAUUGAGAGCGAGGAUGAAGUGGAGAAGAAAUAG